GAACUUGGCCCCAGGUCUGGAAUCCGGCCUCCAGAUAUUUUCUUGGCCUGAGCACAGACCAGCUGGCCUCCAGCCCUCCCAGGCAGCCUGCUGCCCAGGCGUCUGCUCUCAGAGUUCCUGUUGUGGGAGAGCCCCAGACCCCAAGAGUCUUCAAAGGUCUAUUAUUAAUGGGGCUGUCCAGCCGAGGCUGACAUCCCCACGCAGCCCUCCCAGAGCUCUGCACCGCAGCCAGCUCCCGGCCUCCACUGUCUGGCCCUGUCUGCUGAGCAGUGCCUAGCAAGGCAAGAAGGCCAAGUCCUGCCCGCUGGGCCACCCGCCGCACCUGAGCUACCGGUGCGUGAUGAGAGGACUGCCCCGCGUCUUCCUCCCUUUCCCAGCUGCCUCAGUUUCCCUUCCUGAGAGAGGCAGCGUUCUGGGAGGUGAGGAGCUGCAGGGACCCAAGAAAGGCAUGGAAGCCGCCUGGGGACACUGGCCCCUCUGUCAGGAUCAAUCGCCCUAAGCCUGUCUGAGGCGCUCUGGGCUUAGGAGCAGCUGUGAAAGCUGCCUUUGUGCUGGGGAGAAUGAGCCGCAAGAGGACAGGGGGCCCUGGCCCCGGGAGCCCCUCAGGUCCUGGCUCCUGAGAUCCACGCCAGCAGGAAGGACCCCAGCCUGGUCCCUGCAGCCCACCCAGGCCUGGUGCCCACCUCGUGCCAUGGGAGCAGCCCAGGGGAAGAAGAAAACAUACUCUCCUCAGGCCAGAUUACAUAGUGAAAAUGAGAAGCAGAGACUAAAUGGCUCAGCCUCCAUGUACUCGGAGAUCCAGAGGGAGCGGGCAGACAUCGGGGGACUGAUGGCCCGGCCGGAAUACAGAGAGUGGAACCCAGAGCUCAUCAAGCCCAAGAAGCUGCUGAACCCCGUGAAGGCCUCUCGGAGCCACCAGGAGCUGCACCGGGAGCUGCUCAUGAACCAUAGAAGGGGCCUCGGCACGGACAGCAAGCCAGAGCUGCAGCGCGUCCUGGAGCACCGACGGCGGAACCAGCUCCUCAAGAAGAAGAAGGAGGAGCUGGAGGCCAAGCGACUGCAGUGUCCCCUUGAGCAGGAGCUGCUGAGACGGCAGCAGAGGCUGAACCAGCUGGAAAAACCACCGGAGAAGGAAGAAGAUCACGCCCCGGAGUUUAUUAAAGUCAGGGAGAACCUGCGGAGAAUCGCCACGCUGACCAGCGAAGAGAGGGCGCUGUAGGGCCGGCUGCUGGGGCUCGGGCCACCACGCACCCCAGCCUGGACACCCUCCUCCAGCCCUUCUGCACCUGGCAGCCCUGGGCCCCAGGCCUUGGGACGUCUGUGAUGUUUCCACCUGCUUCUGUAGAAAUGUGUCGCCCCAGAGGACCUGGCUCUCCCUGGGAGGCCGGGGGCCCUAAGCUCCCAGGCUUUUCCUUCCAAGCACCCAAGCCCUCCUGCUCCAAGAGGGAAACCUG